UCAUCAACGAAAAGAUAUCACUCCAAGUCCAAGAUAACAAUAGUCUUCUCUUAUAUUGAAGGGGUGUUUCUGUCUUUUUGAAUGGAAAGGAGUAACGAUUUCUUCAACAAACUUCAUCAUCAACUCCAAUAAAAGAACGCCACGUUUAAAUCUUUCAUUUCCCGCUAAAUCUCAAGCUCCAACAAUGGCGUCUUCACUCUUUCUUGCUUCGUCUUUCAUUAUCUUCUUCUUUUCUUUCUCCGUCACCGCUCUUCCUCGCGAAACCAUUUUCGACGCCGCAGACAUUCUCCUCGAUUCAGGCUUCGUCUCCAUGUCCCUAACUCUCGAAAUCGUCGCCGAAUCUCUUCUGGAACAGUCACACUCCGCCACCGUCUUUGCUCCCUCCGAUUCCGCGUUCAAGAAAUCCGGUCAACCUUCACUCGAUCUUCUUCGUUUCCACUUCGUCAUGUUACCGCUUCCGCAGCAAAGCUUACGCCGUCUUCCCGCCGGCGCUAAGCUUCCGACGAUGCUUACCGGUCAGUCGCUAACCGUCACUACAUCAUUCUCCGAUCGCGUGACCUCUGUUAACAAUAUCAAGAUCAACGGAACGCCGAUCUACGACGACGGAGUUCUUCUUGUUUACGGAAUCGAUAGAUUUUUCGAUCCUAAUUUUCAGUACACUGGUCCUAGUAGGAAACCUAAUUCAUAUUCCAAUUCAUCGUGUUCUGCGUUGAAUCGCACUGUGAACUCAUCAGGUUCGUUUGAACAAGCUGUGAAAACCCUAAAAACUAGCGGUUAUUCUGUUAUGGCUUCGUUUCUCGGUAUGCAACUCUCCGGUAAUAUAAACCAGAAUGGAAUUACGGUGUUUGCUCCCACGGAUGAGAUGGUGAUGAACCGCAUCGGUGAUUUCGAAGACUAUCCUUCAUUCUUUCGUCGACAUGUGGUGCCUUGCAAGUUUCUAUGGAACGAUCUGGUGGAUUUUGGUGACGGUACGCAGUUGCCGACGUUUUUGGAAGGGUUUAGUAUCAAUAUUACAAGAUCCGGUGGCGUUUUGAUUCUUAACGGCGUGCCGGUAUUCUUUCCGGAUGUGUUCUUCAAUGAUAGGCUUGUUGUUCAUGGUGUGACUGAUGUUCUUGCCAAUGCAGUGCAAGAUGAUACUAGUGCAGUUGUGGAUCCUGCUGUUUCCUCCGAUGGAGAUCAGAAUCUGUUUGAUCCUGGUGAAUUUUGAAGUUGUUUCCAAGUGCUCCUAUCUGUUUCUGUCAAUUUUUCAUUACUGUAUAUGUUUCUGCUAUGAUCAGUAUAGUGAUUUAAAAUGAAACAUUUCUUUGAUUGUUUAGAUAUACCUUGUUGAAAUGAAUAAUAUGUGCAAGGUUGAACAUUGUAGCUUGCAAUCUCAGAUUAUUUGUUCUAUUACUUUCAGUUUAUAUUGUUAUACUCAUUUUUUUUGGCAAUAAUUUUUCCAUAGCA